CGCAACUCUAAAUCACCUGCAACCAGAGGGGGUUCCAGUGCAAAUGGGCGGCGUUUCCCCGUGGAUAAGGAAGACGUAACACUAAGCAAAUAAUAUUCCUUUCUAUGGAUGCCCUGCUAAAUGGAGCACCAUGGUUGUAACGACGUCUAAUUACAAAAACAUGCCACGGUGACAGUUUCCGAUUCAGUAAGCGUCGCUCGUGGGCCGUGCUCCGUCGUCAGCAGUGUGUAGAUGCCGUGGCUGAGAUGAGUGUGAAGGCCUUUGAGCUCGUCCCGGCUGUGGAGCGAGACCUCCUCAUGGGCGACAAAGCCCGCAUCAACAUCGAGUGCAUCGAAUGCUGUGGCAAACACCUGUACGUGGGCACCAACGACUGCUUCGUUCACCACUUUCUGCUCGACGAAGUCCCCUCGCCCAAAGGGAAGCUAAGCUACUUGGCUCAGAAGCUUCUGCACAAAUACCUGGGCUUGAAGAAACCGGUGGCUGAGCUGCGGGCCGCUUCUGCCCUGGAGCGCCUGAUCGUGCUUUGUGAUGGGAUGGUGUUUCUUGUGGACAUGGUGACCCUGGAGAGCGUGCCCUCGGCGGCGGGAGGCGGGGUGAAGAUCAGAGGAGUGAUCGCCUUCUGUGUCAACGAGAACCCGGUGAACGGGGAUCCGUUCUGUGUGGAAAUGGCCAUACUCUCCUCCAAGAGGCGAACUGUGCAGAUUUACAUGGUGCACAAGGACAGGGUGCAGCUGGUUAAGGAGGUGUCCACUCCGGAGCAGCCCUGCGCCCUCAGUCUGGACGGUUACUUCCUUUGCCUGGCCCUCACCACACAAUACAUGAUACUGAACUACAACACAGGUGCCUCUCAGGACUUGUUCCCAUACAACAGCGAGGAGAGGAGGCCCAUUGUGAAGAGGAUCAGCAGGGAGGAGUUCCUCCUGGCUGCACCUGGUGGCCUCGGAAUGUUUGCCAAUGCAGAGGGAGUGUCUCAGCGGGCUCCGGUCAGCUGGUCAGAGAGCGUGAUUGCUGCUGCUGUGAGCUUUCCCUAUGUGGUGGCACUGGAUGAGAACUUCAUCACCAUCCACAGCAUGCUGGACCAACAGCUGAAGCAGACUCUGUCAUUCAGGGACGGACACAUUCUACAAGACUUUGAAGGGAAGGUCAUGCUGGCCUCCACCAAAGCGGUGUACGUCCUGGUGCCUCUGCCUUUGGAGAGACAGAUCCAGGAUCUGCUGGCCAGUCACAGAGUGGAGGAGGCGCUUAUCCUCACCGAGGGAGCGCAGAGAAAUAUUCCCAAAGACAAAUUCCAGGUUUUGCACAGAAGAAUCCUCCAGCGAGCAGGAUUCAUACAGUUCGGCAAGCUUCAGUUUCAGGAAGCUAAAGAACAUUUUAGGAAGGGUGAGCUGGAUGUGCGGGAGCUGAUCUCUCUCUACCCGUUAUUGCUACCCGCUUCUUCCUCUUUCACCCGUUUUCACCCUCCUCUCCACGAGUUCGCCGACCUCAACCAUCUUGCACAGGGCGACCAGGAGAAAGUGCUACGGUGCAAGAAGUUCCUCAUCAGUUAUCUGAAAGAGGUGCGGAGCACAGAGGUGGUGAACGGCUGUCGAGAGGAUGUGGACACGGCGCUGCUGAAGCUCUAUGCUGAACAGAACCACGACAGCCUCUUAGACCUCCUAGCUUCAGAGAACGCAUGCGUGUUGGCAGACAGCGUUCCGUGGCUGGAGAAAUAUCACAAAUAUUUUGCGCUGGGACUACUUUAUCAUUAUAACGGUCAAGAUUCUGCAGCACUCCAGGUGUGGACCCGAGUGGUGGAUGGAGACUUGCAGGACUCCACCAGAUCAGACCUCUUUGACUACAUUGUGGACUUCCUGUGCUGCUGUUCCAAUCUGGACUUGGUUUGGAAGUAUGCGGACUGGGCACUGCAGAAGGAUUCCACCAAAGGUGUCCACAUCUUUAUAAAGAGACCGUCCAGCAAAGAUCAGUCAGAGCUCAACCCUGAGGAAGUCAUUACUUACCUGGGAAACAACAAGCAUGCACUACUUCUCUACUUGGAGUAUCUUGUGCUGGAGAGGAAAAUACAGAAGGAAAAGUUCCACACUCAUCUUGCCGUGUUGUACCUGGAGAGGGUUAUGUCAUUGCUGUCGGACUCAUCCACCGAUGAAGAGUCGAUGACCAAAGCAAGAAAGAGACUCCAAGCAUUCCUCAGGGAGUCUAACUUGUAUCGUGUACAGUUUCUUUUAGGUAAAAUGGAGAACUGUGAACAACUGCUGCUAGAGCGUGCAACCCUUCACGGGAAACUGGAGGAGCACGACAAAGCCCUGCACAUUCUAGUGCACAAGCUCAGAGACUUCCCGUCCGCUGAGGCCUUCUGCGUGUGGGCCUCUUCCAGCCGCGAUCCUGCGCACCGGCAGCGGCUGUUUCACCUGCUCCUGGAGGUGUAUUUAGGAGGAGAGCUUCAAGCAAGAGCAGGAGGUGGCGAGCUGGAAAUGGCAGCGGUGGACCUCUUAAACAGGCACGGCGAGGUGUUUGAUGCAGUCCGGGUGCUGCGGGUGCUUCCCGAAGGCUGGUCGCUGCAGCUGCUGCGGCCUUUUCUGAACCGCGCCAUCAGAGCCAGCAUGCACGCACGGCACACCUCUCAAAUCGCUGUGGGCCUCGCUCAUUCAGAAAACGUUCAGCUGCUGCACGACCGGUUAAAAGAGCGCAAGAAACCUAUUUUUGUCUCGGAAAAGAAGGGAUGCCACCUCUGUCACAACACCUUCAAGGAGCCCGAUGUGGUCUGUCUGCCUGGAGGAGUUCCCGUUCACACUCACUGUGUCGCUCAGAGAAUAAAGGACUCUCCCACAAAGAGACAGUUGACUAACAGCAGCAAUCAUACGUGAGAGCAGGCGCGUCACGCCGUCGUCUGACCCGUGACGGGAGGCGCUGAUGCUCUGGGACUCUUGCCAGAAGCACAUCCGUUUUAUCGAGGAGUUGAAAAGGAAGACGCAGGGAGAGCCCGUCCAGAGUCCAUGGCAGAAACGGGUCGUUUCAUGUAUUUAUUCACGUGCUGGCACUCGUUCCGCUGCCAGUUUGAGCUCGGUUAAAUUCUCCGCCCGUCCCAAUCUUAUGCUCUCACGGUUAUAUUUUCGGAUUUACGAACCCCUAUGGAACAACAAAGCUAAUGUUUGACACCUGAUGCAAAUAUUUGCCUCAGCAUGCGUUCUUUUCCACAUUUCUGCUCCGAUCAACUGGCUUUGUACGAAUACUGUUCUACCUUUCAUAUCACUGUGUGUGAUUUCAAUGUGAAACCUUGCAGAUGUUGAUAAAGGAGUUUUUGCCUUAAAAUCAGUCGCUAACCUUAAAGCAGGAAUUAAUUCUUAAGUCCAUUAUGUUUUGAGAAACCGUUUCCCCUGAAUUUGCAGUAAAACAUUAAAUGAUUAAAAGAAAUGAAAUCUCUCAGACCAAAUCAUAAUCCUUAACAAAAUCAUGCUUCUGUUAUCAUUUAACGUCAUCUUGAAGUGUUACGUUGUCCUGUUGAUAUGUGAAAUAUCUCAGAAAAUGCUAUAAAUGUUCUCAGACUUCCUA